AUGUGGACAAAAGCUGUUAUCUUUCUCGUAACUAUCUCUUCCAUCCACGGUUCCGUUAUGAUUCAACAAGCUGAGAUUGGAAAAACUGUCAAACUCGAACUGGGUUCCGAUGUUGUGACCUGGAAGCGUGUGAGGGAGGGAGACGUAGAAGAAUUUAUAAAAUAUUGCGGACCCACUGAGAAAGGCCCAAGAUGCGCACAAUUCGUGAAUGCGGACAACAAACCAGUCCCUCCCGCAACAACCGCUCGUGUGGAAAAGGAUGGCACCCUUAUCAUCGAAUCUUUCAAAGCAACUGACGCCGGUUUGUACUCGUCACCUGAUCAGAAGCCAAUUGUCAAAACCUUGCCGGAUGGAAGCCAAACUUCUUCUCUUCGUGGUCAUAUACAACUUGUUGUUCAGAGUUAAAUGUUAAUUUUUUGUCAUCUUUGUAUGUGCGCCGUAAAUAGUAUAAAC